AAUUCUAGAUGUAUAGUGUUAAGCAGCAACGCAAAAGGGAAGAAGAAGUGAUAGAGAUUGAUGGUCUCCAGCUACUUUUAUCGGAUCGUGGCAAAGAUGGUGGCAGAGAAUAUGAACCUCCACGAUUAGAAAACUCUCUAGGGAAACUGCAAGUAGUAAGUGUUAAUGCCCCGAGAAGGAUAAUUGACCUGCAAGUUGUACAUCUUGACCCAUCACAUCCCACAACACCUUUGCAACGUGAGAUGAGGAAACACAGACAUCUUCUCCUGUAUAUUGAAAAGUUAUUCAAUGUGAUGAUGGAAUUAGAUGACUUAGAGCGCAAAAUUCGUCAUUUACCCGACUGCCCAACACGAGAUCUGUUUAAAUCCAAGUCUCGUCAACAAGCUUCCAGACUUUGGGAGAGCGUAACAUCAGCUCCAGAAAGACUUGUACAGCUUUUAUGUAUUCGGAAAGGAAAGGUAAAAUUUUACUGGUACAUUUAAAAAUACAGUUAACCC